AUGACCGCAAACAAAUCUUUCACCACUGAAUUAGCUCAUACCCUUAAGACACACAAUGGACCUGUGAACGCGGUGACGUUCUCUAGCUAUCCUGGAACAUAUAUCCUCACAGGUUCCUCAGAUCGAGCCGUGCACCUCUCUCGUGCGAUUCCCAACAGUUCGAAUGCCUCGUCGGCCGUCGAGACGACUUCCCCAAUUCAGAAAUACGAGGCCCAUGGAUACUCAGUGUUGGAUGUCGCCGUCACAGCAGACAAUGCCCGGUUCGCCAGUGUAGGCGGAGAUCGACUUGUUUUCCUCUGGGACGUUGAGCAAGGAGGGACCGUGAGGCGAUGGAGUGGACAUAACGCGCGGGUUGAAGCAGUGCAGUUCGCGGGGGAUGGUGAUUCAGUGGUAGUUUCUGGCAGUGCAGAUACCACCAUAAACGUGUGGGAUACACGGUCCAACUCGCACAAACCUAUCCAGACUCUCGCCGAGGCCGGCGACACGGUCUCGUCCUUGCAUGUUCACAUGGGGACCUAUUCGAUUGCAAGCGGUAGCUAUGAUGGGCGUGCGCGCGUGUAUGAUGUCCGCAUGGGCCGGACCACGGUCGACAUGCUGGCACAUCCCGUCACGAGCAUCCGAUGCUCGGCGGAUGGCAACGUCCUUCUCGUUUCCACAUUGGACGGUCGGAUCCGGAUGCUGGACCGCAGCGAUGGGAAAUUAUUGAAGGCAUUCGGGAACGAUGAUUCGUUGAAACAAUCAUCCGCUGGGAUCCAGCCCAAACCGCUAUAUCGCAACAGUGAACUUCGGAUUCGGUCUGUAUUUGCGCAGGGAGACGCAGUGGUUCUCAGCGGUAGUGAAUCGGAGAAGGAAGAUCGGGGUGCUGAAGCUUCUGUGUUUGCGUGGGAUGUGCUCAGUGGCGAGGUCCUGGCGACUGUUCCCGCUGGCAAAGGCGUCAAGGUUGUCAGUUGUGUGGCGUGGAAUGAGAAGGGAAGAUGCUGGGCAGGUGGAUGUUCCGACGGGUCUGUCAAGAUUUAUCGCUGA